AGUCCAGCAGGUGGCUCAACAACAGUGUGGAAAUUUGUACUGAAGAAGAAAAUGUGUUUCACGUGGGCACUAGAACUGACAGACUGAAGCUGUUGUUAAAUUAAUUAUGAAUUCAUUAGAUAAUUCACUUAACACCAGUGAUUCACCAGCCGUUAAGAACGACAUGAAUGAAGGAAUGUGUCAGCUGAAGAUUGGAUUCAUCGGUGCGGGAAACAUGGCGUUUGGAAUCGCGCAGGGCAUCCUCACAUCAGGGAAGGUUCCACCCACUAAUAUUAUUGUGAGCGCUCCAUCUAUGAACAACCUUCCUCGCUUUCAGGAAAGAGGCGUUUCAGUCACUCACUCAAAUGAAGAGGUGGUAGAGAAAUCUCGUGUCGUCUUCCUUGCCGUCAAACCUCACCUCAUUCCAAAUAUCCUGAAUGGAAUCUACCAGAAUGUCACGCGGCAACACAUCAUCGUUUCAAUGGCAGCCGGAGUUACUCUAGCAACACUGGAGGAGCUGUUACCUGUUGAUACGUGCCUGAUUCGUAUAAUGCCGAAUCUCCCCUGUAUACUCAUGGAGGGAGCGCUGCUCCUUGCCUGCGGCUCACGGGCAGGACAGGAGGAGGAAUCUCUACUGAAGAACCUCCUCAGCCCAUGUGGACUUGUGGAGACGGGACCUGAGCACUGGAUCGAUGCCCACACCGGCUUGAGUGGCAGCGGUGUUGCAUUUGUGUAUGUGUUUGCGGAGGCGCUGGCCGAGGGUGCCGUCAAAAUGGGGAUGCCCAGCACUUUGGCUCGACGUAUCGCAGCACAAACAAUACUGGGUGCUGGUGUGCUAUUGCGUGACACCGGGAAGCUCCCAGCAGAGCUGAAGGCCGAGGUGUGCACGCCCGGAGGAACCACAAUUCACGGGCUCCACGCACUGGAGAAGGGAGGAUUCAGAGCCGCCGCCAUGGGAGCUGUCGAGGCGGCCACUGAAAGAGCACGUGAACUCGGAAAGAAGUAGAGCGCUGAUCUAACGAUAACUGAUUACUGGAGGGAAGAUUAAAUUAGAAGGGCUUAUACCUUAUUUUAUGCACCAAACAAAACUAGACAACUUUUUUUGAAUGUGGAAAAGUACUGGUGCAGAAAGAGAAUUAAAUUUCUUAUUAUUUGAUAAAAGUGAUCAAAACAUUGGUAAUUGAUUGAAAGGUGCUUUCUGAAUAGUCUUAAUGGUGGAAUGUAUACUGUAAAUCAACAUAGAAAGCCAUGUUGGUUGUUGAUACAUUGUAUGUUUGUGUAGUUUUACAUGUUCAACAUUGUUUUAUGUUUAACAUUAUUCUACGGUUCUUGACAAACCACUGGGAUUCAGAAACCGAAGCAGAUCAGGAAGAAAUAUCUGAACAUUUACAGAAUAUUUACCAUGGGAUCAUUUUACAAAAUAAGAAUAUACUAGAUUAUUUGUUCAUAAAAGCAGUUGCUUUGUUGUAUUUCUUGAUGCUGAACAUUUUCAACACCAAAGGUUAAAAUAUUGAGACUAUUUAUAUAAAAUAUAAAAAGUCUCAAUAUUAAACAGUUCAAAAUAAACAAAUGUGUGCAAGAGA